CUGAAUUGUACUCGACUCAUCCUCUCAUCACCCGUUUUUUAGACCGAGCCAAGAUGGCAAAAACAUACGAUUAUCUUUUCAAAUUAUUACUAAUUGGCGACUCUGGUGUCGGAAAAACGUGCGUGCUGUUCAGGUUUUCAGAAGAUGCGUUCAACACAACUUUCAUCUCCACAAUUGGCAUCGACUUCAAAAUUAGGACAAUUGAGCUGGAUGGAAAGAAAAUCAAACUACAGAUCUGGGACACUGCUGGGCAGGAGAGGUUUAGGACAAUUACAACAGCCUACUACCGUGGAGCCAUGGGCAUCAUGCUAGUUUACGACAUCACAAACGAAAAGAGUUUUGAAAACAUAAAAAACUGGAUUAGAAAUAUUGAAGAAAAUGCCGCUCAGGACGUCGAAAAGAUGCUCCUGGGCAACAAGUGUGAGCUGAAUGAUAAGAGACAGGUGUCAAAAGAGCGGGGGGAGCAAUUGGCUGUAGAGUAUGGGAUCAAGUUCCUAGAGACCAGCGCGAAAGCAUCAAUAAAUGUCGAAGAAGCGUUCUUCACUCUUGCCAGAGAUAUCAAAGCAAAAAUGGAACGAAAGUUGGAGGCGAGCAACCCACCCAGAGGCGGCGGCCACCAGCUGAAAGCGCAAGAACCGCAGAGGAAACCAGUCAGUUGGCUGUCACGCUGUUCGAUACUUUGACAACGCCUGGCGCCUCAAGACCUGUGCACUUUCAACACAACUCCUCUAGAACUGGCAGUGCCGUGACAAAUAAGCAUUUUCUGCCGCCCGAUUCACACCCGCUCGGCGUAGCAUUCUUGGCAGACGGAAUGGGAAAAGGAAGGAAAUUGUGAUCUGUUUUUAAAUAAUGUUAGCUUUUCACCUCCAAGCUGCUAGCAGUCGUUCUUUCUUCAAAAGCUCAAAUUAUUUAAAUGCAGUGCAAGCAAAGUGGCUUUGUUUUGUGCCAGCCGGUUUCACAUAAUUCAAAUGGUGUGCACAACUGAAAUCGAAAAAAUGCUAGUACUAUUUAUGUUGGUGUUUCCAAAAAAUGUUUGUUCUUUGACACUCGGUGUGCUUCUCGGAGGCGUUGUUGCCUGCUGCUUUAAACUUUGAUUACAGCCGAGCCGCGUCAACCGCGCCUGAAAUUUCAUAUCUUUUUAAAAGCGGACUCCUUGCACUCCGUCAGCAUCAGUCUCUCCUUCCACGCCGUGCCAAACAGAUUGAAGGACUACUUGAUGCAGCAGCUGCGAGAGGACUGCUUUUCUGCAAAUUCCAACUGCCAACUCAAGAUCAAAUUUAUCUCAUUUAUCAUCAUGACAUAAUCCAAGCCUAUAAAGAAAAAGGAUUCUGGAGAGAUAGGCGUGAUCUUUGUUUACAAUGUGGUACGAUGUAGAGUCUUUAAUUUUAAUGAGUACUGUGUAAAUAUCGAACUUCAGGACUGCACACGCUCUUGCUCUUUUCUCCAUCAUACACACUUAUUAAAUUAUAAACUUGCGCUACCCUCACUAGAAAAGCUUAGGCUGAUGAAUUAUUAUUUGCCUGAUUUUAUGUGUACAAGUUGUGUAUGGAUUUCGUAAAUCUACCUGGCCUUGUCAGUGGUUUAUGAAAAUCUAAUUUUAGGCGAUUGGAAGUUAUGUGCCUUUUGUUAGCAAUUAUGUGUGCUACUGAGGAGCCUAAUUUAAACAACGUUAUUUAUCGUAAUCAUUAGUGUGGUAUUAUUAUUAUAUGUUGCUUAAUUUGGUGCACCGAAAUUAUGUUCGUCUGACUGCUGAGGAAUGUGAAUGUUCAGUCAAGUUUCUCCUGUGCAGCAAAAUUCAUUAAAAUUAUGUUCAGUGUUCAGUAUAAUCGUCCACUUAAGAAAUCAAUUCACAAAAUGCAUACCAUACAAUUUGAUAAACAUCUUUUCGACCGAAAUCAUGGAAAAUGUUAUUUUUGUGACCGCUAAAGUUAGGAAUGUUCUUUACUUUAACUGUUCAAAUACACGGAAGUGAAUAAAAAAAUGCCAUUUUCUGUAAAAAAAAAA